UGCUCGGCGGCGAACUGCGGCGGCGGCGGUUGGUCGCCGAAAUGCUGGCACGCACAGAUUGAGUCCGAGUGGCCCGGCAGGGACAAGGGACUUCGCUCCCGGGCUGUUUGAGAAGAAAAAGAGAAGAUUUCAAUGGUGCUUAAGAAAGAAGAUGUGGGCAAGGCUGUGCUACUUCUUUCCCUCAGAAAGAGUCUUCUUUGCCUUUUCCAGUGUCCAGGAAGUCACUGCAUUCAUUGGCUCCUUCCCUCUUCACAGUCUUGGUCUAGGACCUCAGAUCUCUGUCUCUGAUGUUUCCCCAUCAUGACCUCUCUUUGCCUGCUAUGACUGGCCUUCUUCAACCCUCUUUUAAGGACGCUUAUUUUAAGAACAGAGCUUUGAAGCCAACACUGCUGUUCCUUUUUGUUUUUGACAAAUUAUCACAGGAAGAAUAUUAGUUUCAUCUCAGUAUAGAUGACCAUGCAGCCUGCAAUUCAGGUAUGGUUUGGGGAGGACCUACCUCUAAGUCCCAGGUGUCCCCUGACUGCCAGACAUGGACCAGGACUGGCUGAUGUCUGUCAGUAUGACGAGUGGAUAGCUGUGAGGCAUGAAGCCACUCUCCUGCCUAUGCAAGAAGACCUCUCUAUUUGGUUAUCAGGCUUACUAGGUAUUGACAUCAAGGCAGAAAGAUUAUUGGAAGAGCUUGAUAAUGGAGUGCUGUUGUGUCAAUUAAUUGAUGUUCUUCAAAAUAUGGUAAAGGAGUGCCACUCGGAAGAACCAGAGAAUUUUCCAAUGAGAAAAGUGCCUUGUAAGAAAGACGCUGCGUCAGGUUCAUUCUUUGCCAGAGACAACACUGCAAACUUUCUUCACUGGUGUCGGCACAUUGGGGUUGAUGAAACUUACCUCUUUGAGUCUGAAGGUUUAGUUUUACAUAAAGACCCUAGACAGGUGUACCUUUGUCUUCUUGAGAUUGGUCGAAUUGUGUCAAGAUACGGAGUUGAGCCACCAGUAUUAGUGAAACUUGAGAAAGAAAUUGAGUUAGAAGAGACCCUGCUUAAUGCCUCAGGGCUUGAAGAGUCCAUCAACAUCCCCAAAUCUUGCUGUCAGCAUGAAGAACUACACGAAGCUGUUAAACAUAUUGCUGAGGAUCCUCCUUGUAGUUGUUCUCAUCGAUUUUCUAUUGAAUAUUUAUCUGAAGGACGGUAUCGGCUUGGGGAGAAAAUACUCUUUAUAAGGAUGCUUCAUGGAAAACACGUUAUGGUCCGUGUUGGCGGAGGCUGGGAUACUUUGCAAGGAUUUUUGCUGAAAUAUGACCCCUGUCGAAUACUGCAGUUUGCUACACUAGAACAAAAGAUUUUAGCAUUUCAAAAAGGAGUUUCAAAUGAAAGUGUGCCAGAUUCACCUGCCAGAACGCCACAGCCUCCAGAAAUGAACCCUUUGUCUGCAGUUAACAUGUUUCAGAAACAAAAUUUAAAACCUGGCACACCAGCCAGUGUUCCAAAGAGCAAGGAAAAACAGGUACGCCCACCAGGCGUGUUGCCUCCGGCAUCAUCAGUGAAAGGCAAUCUAGCUUCCCUGUCUACGCGUUCUAAACUCCCGGAUUCUCCAGCAGCAUUUUCCCAUCCAAAGGUCACAUCUUUGAAGGACAGAGUAAAAAAGCCACGUACUCCUCCCAGCGGUGUGUCAUCUUCCCUGGCUUCUUUACCUCCAGUGGGCAACAGCACUGCAUCGGCUUCAUCCCGUGCUGUUCAGUGUGCAUCUGAAUCAGUGAGAAAAUGUGUCCCCUUCUCCAAGACUGCUAAGACCAUGGCUGUUCCAGCCCACAGUGCCAGAGAUCUGUCUAAGUCUAGACCUUUGCCAAGUAAGUCUUCUGGAAAAAUUGAACCAAAGCAUUUGAAACACAAUCAUCUUUCUUCCAGGGACAAGUCACCUAUAAAUGUAUCAACAAAGUGUCCAAAGCCACUUAAGGGAAACAUGCAUGGAAGACCUAGCCCUUCUCCUUUCCAAUCCCCUGCAAAAGUGACCAAAUCCACUUCCAAAACCAGAGCCAUAGGUCUAGGGACACAGUCUCAGCCACCUGACAGAACUCUGAAAUCAAGGGCAGUCCCAGCACAAAGACUUCAGAAUUUAAACCAUCCUGCGCCUGUGUGUUCAGUGUCCUCUGUAAAAGCUACCAAGGAAGCAAAAGGUGAGAAUAUAGUUUCAGUUGCCAAAAAGCUACCACAGAGUAAGGGUGCCAGCCAGAAGACAGGACCCAGGUCUCCCAAGUCUCCUGGCCGUACCCCACUAUCCAUUGUGAGCGUCCCUCAAUCUGCUGCCAAGACAGAAACUGGCUCCAAAUUAGCACAGACCGCCAUGAAGGGCCAGUAUUCAGCUAAAGGGCCUCCCAAAAGUGGCACGCCACCAGUUUCUAUCAGGAAACCACCCUCAUCUGGUAAGGGAACAGUCAGUGGAGAUAAAAAACCUACUGCCAAGAAAAAGGAAGAUGAUGACCAUUAUUUUGUUAUGACUGGAAGUAAGAAACUUAAAAAAUAAGCAUACUUGUGUCAUUUUAACAAACCAGUGUGGCUGAGCAGGAUGGGGACCAGCCCCACCAGGAUCCCAAAAGGUCUUCCUAUGUGUUUGUCAGGAUAGCUGCAGACAUGAGGUCAAGAUGGGGAUGAAGACAGGGGAAAGAGCUGGGUUGAGGAAAGGACUCACAUGUGCUUUUAUAUUAAUAGGCAAAUGUGUGAGAUUUGAUCUGUACUAUCUUGUUAAUGUCUGCUGUUUGAGGGAAAUGCAAAAGUCCAACAACACUACUAGAACUGUAACAAUACUGUAUCUUUGAAUAGGUAUUAACUAUGGAGAUUGUCUGCUAAUAGCAAUUUGGAUGCUGUUAACACUAGUUACUCUGUUCAGCCAUAAAGCAAUGGUUUGCUUGGCAUUAGGGUGUGCCUGUAAUCUUAGCUCUGAAGGCUGAGGCAGAACGCCUGCCUGGAAUACAUAGUAAACUCCAGCAACGGUUUGACAUGUGCUAUAAAAGGCACCUAAGUUCUGAUCCAGCAAUCUUAAGGGCCAAUGGCUGCUGCUGCUUGGUUUGACAUUUCUGGAUUAGAUGGAAUUUUUAUUAUUUAAUUUUUUAACAUUUCCGUAUCAGAAGGAACUUUUUUAUUACAAUUGGUAAUACCAUAAAGUAACUUAAAUGGUAUGGAUGCACACCACAUGCAUAAAAUUAAAUCCAUGUACAUACACAUACACAUGUACCUGCACACUUGUACACACACAUGAACGAACAUAUGCACACUAAGCACAUGCUGUCACAUGCACGCAUGCACACCACAUGCAUUUGCAAAUGCAUAAAAUUAAGAUGGUAUUAAAAGGGCCUUAGAGUGAUACUAUGUAUACAUUCUGUCAGGCAACUUGUGUUUUCUUUUGCUAGCACACUAUCAGUUUCAGAGUCUCCAGUAAAGCCAGAUUGUGCUCAUUUUCCAGUGGCCAGCAGACAGACAGUGUGUGUGUGUGUGUGUGUGUGUGUGUGUGUGUGUGUGUGUGUGUGUGAUGCCAUCUGUCUGUAGGCAGAUUCUCUUCAGGAACAUCCAGAUGAUAUUAAUGACAGCAUAAACUCCUUCCACCCACAGGGAUACGUGUAAAUAAAUUAUGUAUGGGUCUGUAACUAUUUAAAGUUUAUUAAUGUACUUUGGGAAGUUUUAAGGGUUUUAAGUUACUUUAUAUAGUAUUACCAAUUGUCAUAAGUUUUAGGAAAAAACAGAUACAGUGGUACAUGCUUAUAAUUCCAGUGCUUGGGAAAUAGAGGCAGGAGGAUCAGAAAAUUCAAGGUCAUCUUAGCUGUGUACUGUAGACAUGUCUCAAGGGGGAAAGAAUGGCAUUUUGACUUCUCUAUUAUAACUCCAAUACCCUCCAUUUUCUACCUCCUUCCCGUCCUCUUUCUCUUCCUGUAUCUGCUUGUGAUGCUGAGGGUCCAUUCUGGGACAUCUCACAUCUCCAGCCCCUUCUAAUACAAUUCCUAAAGCAAAGCUAAAUGGUUUACCCGGAAGUUCAAUCAUGAGUGACUAAGCACCUUAGCUGGCUGCAGGUACACGUGUAUGUGUAUGUACAUGGAGAGACCAGAAGUUGGCAUCGGGUGUCUUCCUUCAUUAUUUACUACUCUAUUUAAUGAGGCAGCGUCUCUUAAACAAGCAGGAGCUCAUCAGUUUGGCUAGUCUAGGCAGCCAGCUUGUCCCCAGAGACCCUGUCUCUUCCUCCUGCAUGCCUGGACUACAGGCAGACCAUCAUGCCUACCCGUUUCUGUGGAGGUGCUAGGGAUCCAAACUCCAGUUCACAAUCCUGAACAAGAAGUGCUUUAUCCACUCACUGAGCUACCUCCCCAAUCCCGAUCGUUAAAACCUCAUUUGGGUAUCAAAACACAUCUUAGUGUGAAAAUACUUAGUGUAAAAUAAGAAAGAUUUUAAUAUGCUAAAAGCUAUUAAAUCUCUCUCCCUAUCAUAAUGCAGACUUGGUUUAAAAUGUAAGAUACAAAGUGUGUAGGUUGUUAUAUUAAAAAAAAAAACUUAGCUUUUUAUUAAAUGUCAGGUUAUGUUCCAAUAGUUAACUUACUUGGUUGGGUUUUCUUUUUUACCAAAAUUUUUGACUAUAAAAUGCUACUAAUAUUAGUACAACCCAAAUUUGGAAAAUAAAGUGUAUUACUCUAUCUUUCAAUAGAAGGGAAUUUCUCCAGCUGUAGUCAUAUAGGAGGGAUUUCUUUUUCUGUGUAGCUUGUCUUUCCCAAACAUAUGUUUUAUGUGAAUAAGAAAUUAGAUCCCAUGGGGCUGGAGAGAUGGCUCAGCAAUUAAGAACACUUGCUAUUUUUUGCCAGGAUCUGAGUUUGAUUUCUAGCACCCACAUGGUGACUCACAGCCAUCCAGAACUCACAUUUUAGGGUAUCUAGUGCCCUCUUCUGGCCUCCACAGGUACCAGUCAUGUAUAGCUACAUAUGUGUACAUGCAGAUAAAAUAUUCAUAUAUGCAAAAAAUAGACUAAAUCUAAAAAAACUUUCUUUCCCUCACAAUUUAAAAAAAGCAAAUUCCUUUAAAUAUAUUUUGAAAUUUUCUAAGGAGCUGAUGAAUUUCUGCCACAAUUAAAAAAUUAUAUUGCAGUUGUACUCAUUUCUUCUCAAUAAUAGUGUCACAUUACAUAAGGUCUUUUUUAAUCUUUAAUAUUUAAUAAAACAAAUAUUAAGCAUAAAAUGCUGAAGUACCUGGAUGAUAUAAUGUGUAGUUUCUUUAAAAAUUUAUUUUUGUCUGCUAUGAUUUAUGAAUGUGUUAAUUAUAUAAAACUUAAGAGGAACAUGAAAUCAUUAUUUUUACAUUGUCCCUCAAGUAAUCAAGUGAGGUGUUUGGAGAGCGUCCCUUCAGAAUGCUUGGAGUAAUUAGUGACCCUGAAGUGUCGCCCACAUUAUUUUUUUUUUAUUGUUUUGUUUUUCUAAGACAAGAUCUCCUUAUAUAGCUGUGGCUUGCUUGGCACUCUUUGUAGUCCAGGCUUGGGCUCGUAGCAAUCCCCCUGCCUCAGCCUCCUGAGUGCUGGGUUUGCAGAUUUGAGCCACCACCUUCUGCCUGAUUUUGUAGUUCUUAAUAGAUAAAGGAAUAGUUUGAAGAAAAUAAUUUCCUCUGCAAUCAUUUCAUGUCUGCCUAACUUAAAAUCUGUUACUUCCUUAAGAGGAGCUAACAAAGGUUAUGAUGUACUCUUACAUCUAACUUUCAUACCAACUCUAUACGAGUUUGGAUUUGUGUACAUUCUGUUUUUGUGUGUGCUUGUCUGUGUGCCGGCAGUAUUUGUAUCCAAUUUAACUUAUUUUUCUCAAGUAUUAAAAUACAUACAUAAACUAUA